UUUUUAUUUAUAUUUUUUUAAAAAAAAAGGAGACUAAUUAUGCGGAGAUGUUUUCGCAAAAGUCCUUUCCUUCUUCUACAUUUCUCUCAUGACUGACAUGUGGUUUAAAGGGCCCGUAGCAGAAGCAGUGCAGACUGUAACUACGAAAAAUCUCGUAUUUCUGGUCUUCAUUUACGAUGACUCUGAACAAAGUCAGCAGUUAUACACCACACUCGCCAAUGAACACCUUGUUCAAUUAAUAAAACAAAAAACAGUAGCAUUCAAGAUGCAAAAGAAUUCAGAAGAAGCCGCCAUGUUUGGUCAAUUAUAUCCUAUUUCUCGAGUACCUGUAGUGUAUUAUCUCUUGCAAGGUAUCCUCAAGGAGUUUAGCACCGAGAAUUCAACAAGCGAUGAAAUUAUGCAAAAGAUUAAUACACUUUGUCCCGCACAACCAGUCAAACAACGCGCUGCAACAGACAGGAAAAAUCAGAAUCAACAGUUGAAGAAGGAAAAGAAGGCGGAUGAAGACUAUAAGAGAGAAAUUAAGCAACAAAUUGCCAUGGAUCGUACUGCUUCUUCCUCUAAAAAACCCAAUCCUUCCUCAUCAUCCCAACCAUCAGUACAGGUGAUACAGCACAAUCAAUGCAAUUUAAAUAUCAAACAAUUGGAUGGCACCAGCUUAAAACAUAGUUUCGCAUCUUCGGAUACGCUUGGCCAUGUAUCCCAGUGGAUUGAUGCGAAUAGAACAGAUGGAGAUAUGCCUUUUCAGUUAUUUGCUCAAUUUCCCAACCGAGAUUUCAAUAUUGGAGAUGAACAACAACGAUUGAUUGAUUUGCGACUGUGUCCUAGUGCCACAUUAAUUAUGAAGCCAAUUAAGAAUGCCACUUCUGCCUAUCACCGCCCGAAAAAAUCAAGCGGAUGGCUUGACUCGAUUUAUUCAGCGGGAGAUACAGUCUAUCAGUCUGUCAGUGCGGCUGCUGCCUAUCUAGUGACGCCCACCCAUGCACCCGAGCCAGGACAACGACUUGGUGGUGAAAGUCGAGAAGAAAGGCAAACAUACAAUGGGAACUCUGUAAACCAAGAAAAAAAGUCCCGGGGGUGAGAGACUUUUUUUUUGUUGGGUUUUUUAAUUCUCCCCGUUGCGGGAAGAAAGCUUUUUUUUUUUUUUUUUUUUUUUGCUUUUUUUUUUU